UUUUUUUUUUUGAAUCAUGGCCCCCUCUCCAAGCGAGGGGUACAGGGAGAGCCAAAGGGUCCUUCCUGGGAAGGGGGUGUUGUGAGGAAACCCAGCAGUGGGUCCCAUCAGUCCCUGACCAGGCGGUAGAUGUGGUGUUGGGCUCCGCGUUCACUGGUGGAGACCUCGAAGACAGAGCGGGCCCAGCUGGAGGACGGGCGCUUCGUGUACCGCCUGCUGCGCUCCCCCAUGUGUGAGUACCUGGCCAAUUUCCUACACAAGCUGCGGCAACUGCCUGAACGCUACAUGAUGAACAGUGUCUUGGAGAACUUCACCAUCCUCCAGGUGGUGACAAACAGGGACACUCAGGAACUGCUACUGUGCACGGCCUACGUGUUCUCCGCAUUCUGA